AUGGUGCUCUUGCCACUGGCAUCGUCUACCUCUGAUCCAGAGCAAACCACACUGGAGAAGAUAGGCACUGAUUUGCACUGCAUGGCAACGCCCCUGGUCACAAAGCAGGACCUGCAGUCACUAUCAGACCUCCAUGAAGCUAUCAGGUCAGAAAUUGCCUUUUUGUGGACGGAGGUGAUGGCUCUGGAGAGAUGCAUACAGGCCCUGGGUACUAACACACAAACCCUCUCAGGCCAAUUCACUGCUAGAGAUACUGCAGUGUCUCACAAGGAAACCAUGCUUCUGGCUCUCAGAUGCCAAAUGGAAGAUUUGGACAAGCGGGACCUGAAAUGUAAUAUUCUGAUAAACGAUGUUCCUUAA